AUGGAGAAGUGUGAGGCCCGUAAGAAAAGGAAGUUAGAUGGUAGAAAAAGGAAGGAAGUAGGGUCUGGCUGCAAGAAUGAGGAGGUAGAUGUGAUAAGGAGGGUGGAGCCUUCUGCUCCUCCGCCAUAUGCGGAAGUGUCCUUGCGGCCAUCGGGGGGUGCACAGGCGUCGGCCUGCACCUUUUGUCCACAGACUUGGCGAGAGGCAGCGGUUGCCUUUCCCGUUUUUGAGGACGUCAAUCAGCAGAGGUAUCAUGAGCCCCUUGAUUUUAAGGUCUUAAAGAAUUUGGCUGACUCUGUACAAGCCUAUGGCGUUAAUGCCUCUUUCACCCUAGCUCAGAUUGAGAGGCUGACCCAUUCAGCCAUGACGCCAUCAGAUUGGAUGUCAACUGUAAAAGCCUGCCUCACUAUGGGGCAGUAUCUUGAUUGGAAAUCUUUAUAUACUGAAUUUGCUCAGCAACGGGCCAGAGAUAAUGCAGCCCAAGGUCAGGCUGCCUGGAGCUUUGAUAUGCUCAUGGGGCAAGGACAAUGGUCGAACAAUCAAACAGCUUAUCCUCCACAAGUUUACGCACAAAUAAAUACUAUAGCUGAAAAGGCAUGGAAGGCAUUGCCUAAUAAAGGAGAAGUUUCUGGUAAUUUAACAAAAAUAGUCCAAGGAGCAACAGAACCUUUUUCAGAUUUUGUGGCUAGGAUGAUGGAGGCUGCAGGCAGGAUUUUUGGAGAUCCUGAUACUGCCAUGCCUCUUAUACAGCAGUUAAUCUUUGAGCAAUGUACCAGGGAAUCGGCUGAGCGACAUUAUGAUUCUCAAGGACCGUCUAAAGGCAUGGUGAAAUGGAAAGAUGUGUUGACGGGCUCCUGGCGAGGGCCUGAUCCCGUGCUGACAUGGGCACGAGGUUCUGUUUGUGUCUUUCCUCAGGAUCAACAAGAUCCAGUGUGGGUACCUGAACGCCUAGUAAGGAAGAUUCGCCAUGGGGACCUUCCCGAAGAUCCUGAGCCUAGUGAUGGUGCUAAUGGUGAUGUCGGGGAUGGCGGAACCAAGAUGGGGGACUCUGUCGGUGUUUCCAAGACCAAUGCCGGUGAUGCAUGA